UUUACCAUUUGGUUUAAUAAAUUUGUCAAUUAAUAGUGAAACACUUGAACAAAACAUAACACAAGAAGACUGAGAAAGCAGCCCAAAGUUGGUUGAAGUGAUUGGCAACUCUUUAGUUAAUACUUCCAAAUCGUACAGAAUGCGCGUUAUAAAUAAACGCCUGACCGUGCAGUAUCUGCAGCGGAGUGAGGAGUGCCUGAAUCCUUUGGGUCAGUCAUCGCUCUUCAUGAGCUCGAGGCGAGUGCAUCAAGAUCACGACGGCUUGGAGGCGAGUGUGCUAAAGGAGCUACUCAACUUGGACGAGGCACUUCGUGACUACUUCAAGGAAUGGCUGAGCGAAUUGUCGCUGCAACGCAUGGCGGCGGAAAAGCUGUUGAAACUCUCCAAGGACUAUGUGGUGAAGAUGGAAAUGUCAUGCUCAGCUCCGAAAUUUCCCAUUGCCGACACCGAUGCCAUUGUGAACAAGUAUCAAGUGCACUAUCAGAUCAUACUCAGUUCCAAUUCGGCGAUGCAUCGUGGUCUGAAUGCGCUGCGUAAGUUUCUCUUGGCCUUUCGCCGGGAGAGUCGCAAACUGGAUCUGAGCAGGGAGACGCCUUUCGUGUUAGGCGAUAUGUUUCACAAGCCCAUCAAGUUCUUUAUGGAUUUGGCCGAGGAGUUGUUUGGCUACUUCCAUUGCAGUUAUCUCAAGCUCGACUGUGGCUCACGUCAUCUGGAUCCGGCGGAUUUGAUGGCCGUGGAGAACUAUCAAAAAAUGCUUGCGCCCUGCGAGGAAUUCGAUGAGUAUCUGCAGCACAAUCUGGGCUAUUGCCAGUGCCUACGUCCCGUCCAGCCGUGUCCUCCCGUGCCGCGACAAACGCAACCAAAGAGCAACGGACUGGAACAGCUGAUGGUGUUGGCUCAGCAGCGACGUUGCGCUCGACGCGUGAGCAAGAUGACAGCGAAGACGGAGGAGGUUGUGCAGGGAACGCCAUCGAAGCAGGAAUCCGUCGAACUCAAUUUGGAGCACGAGUUGCGCAUGAAUCAGCUGAGCAUGCGUCUGGCCAUGUUGCGGCAAUCGCGGGGCAACUUCCAAACCGGCUACGAUCGUGAUAUUGUGGAACAAAUGAUCUACGCGUUGAGUCCGUCGCUGAUGCCCGAUACGUAUUUGCCGCCACAGGCGAGAGCUGCUACCACUUUGAUCAGUUCCCCGCCAGCUUUAUAGUAGUUGCCACUCUAUUACACUCAACCUCUCCCCGAUGUAUAAUAAAUCUCGUAUUGCAAUUCAAAUUACAAGCUGCAAAUUAACGGCACAAAUGCACGUGAUUUCAUUUUGGCAAAUAAACAUGGCCGGAGCGAGAGCAUCGAAUUUGCAUACAAAUGCAUCCAACGAGGUUGCCACUUAGCCGCACGCAAAGUGCACUGCUUGUUGCACGUGGCAAGUGGCAAGAGGCAAGUGCUUACUCCAGCUGCAGGCGAUUCAAUCUAAAUCUGAUUUGUAUACAACUACGAGCACAAGCGCUUGCUGCAUCAGCACUCUUGUACUCUCUUAUAAUCUUGUUGCAUGCAACUGCCAGUUGCCAAAUUCUCGUGCCACAAACUGCUACGAGUUACUUAAGUGCGACUAUAUCAAAUUUCACUUGAAGUCCUGCUGUGCUGCCUUUUAUAAAGACAUUUGCAAUGGACUCGCAAACAAUACAAGCUUAAGCUAGAUGAUGAUAAAACACUGAACAUUGAAUCUGAAUC